GCCUGAACUUCGUCACUCAGCUGUUUUGGGUGGGGGAGAUAAAGGGGCACUGAUAUAAUGGCCUCGUUCUCUCUGCACGCACAUCCAUUGUGACAACCCGCUUGGAAACGCUCCACCAUGGAGUGGCUUUUGAUUGCCGUGGCAACCUGCUUGCUAGCCCUCUGCCCUGUCAACGGGAAUGAGUGGAGGUUGGAAUAUGAAGAAGGACUUAGUCACUUCAGUGAGGAGGCCCUCAGAAAGGAGUUUCCUGACAAGACCAGACCAAUCAGUUUCAAAAAUCCACCUUUCGUAUGUCCUGAUAUGAGCCCCUCCUCUUCUGUGCCCUCCUCAGUUGAGCUGGUUAAGGCAGCGGAUAUUAAAGUGAUUGCUGCCCUUGGGGAUUCAUUGACAACAGCCAUUGGUGCAAAUGCAACCACAGUUCUUGGCAUACCUAUUGAAUUUCGCCAUGUGUCUUGGAGCAUUGGUGGCUAUGGGUCCUUUCAAGAUGUCAUUACACUCGCAAACAUCAUUAGACUUUUCAACCCCAAUUUAGUGGGACCUGCCCCAACCAAGACUGUCCAUGGGACCCCAGCUCCUCUCUGUGAGACUGGAUUUAACCUGGCUGUAACUGGACACAACACCUUUAAUCUUCCUGAUCAAGUCAGACGUUUGAUUGACACAUUGAAAACAUAUGAGGGUAUUGACUUUGAUGGGGACUGGAAGAUCUUGACCAUUCUAAUUGGGAUGAAUGACAUCUGUGAUUACUGCAAAGACAAGUCCCUCUUUUCAGUGGAGAACUUUGUCCAUUACAUGACCGUGUCCUUGGAAAUGCUGAUGAAUGAGGUCCCUCGAAUGAUAGUCAAUGUGGUUCAGAUACUGCCCAUGGAGACCCUGAGGGAGGUACAGAAGCCCACCCCAGGAUGCAUGCUCCAGAGGUCAUUCUGCUCCUGUCUGGUAAAGCCAGCUGCUGGAUCUGCUGAUCUGAAGGAACUAGUUGGAGUCAACAUAGAAUUUCAAAGAGCACUGGAGCAGCUCUUGUACAGUGACCGUUUCUUUAAGAAGGACUUUGCUGUGGUAUUGCAGCCAUUCCUGAAACACGCAGACCCACCAAGACUUCCUAAUGGGAAGAUUGACAUGAGCUUCUUUACCCCUGACUGCUUCCAUUUCACCAUGAAAGGACAUGAGGAGUUGGCCAAGGGACUCUGGAACAACAUGUUCCAGCCUGAGGGAGAGAAGUUAAUGGUGCAUAGCUUUUCAAACUCUAUUGAGCUCAUUUGCCCCCCUAUGGGUUAUCCGUACAUUUACACCAGACCCAACCCUGCAAAGUCCGGCUCCCCACGUCCUGAGAAACACCAGUCAGUUGGCACCAGACGAGUGUUUCUCCACCUCAUGCCUGCAUUGGCUUUUCUUCCACUCUGGUUGGCUGUUAAUCUGGCCUCCUUGUAGGACAUCCAUAUGGAGUAUCAUGAUUUGUGGUGCAUCAUGUCUAUCCUCCCUGAUGUUCUAAAGGGGCUGGAUAUCAUUGCUUUAAAGGGCUCUGAAUAAUUGAGGUUCUGUUCAGAAACUUGAGCUACUGCAGGAUGAUCUGUAAAACUGAUGGAGAGGGUAUGAAGGACAAAAAAUGAGUUAUCACUAAUAAACAGGAAAUUGCAGUUUGCAAAUAUAUUUAAGAUGUGGUAAAAGUCAGUAUUAGAUUGUACAGAUUAAUUCAAUGUAAAUGUUGAAACCUCAGAAUAGAAAAACAUAUGCUAACCCGAUGACUUUUUAUUUUUUUUAUAUGCGUUACCAAAAUGGCACAACAGCUGGUACAAAGCUGAAUUUAUCUGUGUAAUGCUGCCAUAAUCAAUUUAGGAAUGAAAGGUAAUUCUGUAAGCUAAUUCAAGCUGGUUUGAACGAAAAUGGCCAGGGGUUACUCUGCAAACUCAUUAAGCCUGUGAGGAUAAGGAUAAAGGAAUUGAAUGUUAGGUGAGAACAAUUGUUUUGCUUGUGAGAGCAUGGUGAAAAAUAAACUGUUUGAGAGCAUCCUAAUGCCCACAAUAAUAACAUUAAUGCUUUGGAUUUUGCAACAUGAGAAGUGCUGUUAUUAUUCUCAAAUAAAGCUUUCAG